AUGUUGGCAAGGACAGAAACGGGCUCUGAUGAAGAGCCAUCCAAGAUAUCGUUCUUUGACUACAUAAUUUGUGGAGGUGGUACGGCAGGUUGCCUCAUCGCUGCACGUAUAGCGUCUCAAGGCGAGGCCACAGUCCUACUGAUUGAGGCUGGCCGGGAUGUGGACGAAUCGCCAGACGCACUCAUUCCUGGCAAGUUCGUGCACCAGCUGUAUGGCGGAGACACCGGAGGAAUAUGGCAGAUACCCAGUGUGCCGCAAAAGGAGCUGAACAAUCGAGAAAUCGUGUUCUUGAGGGGGAAGCAGCUCGGUGGAACGUCAGCCGUGAACUAUAUGGCCCUCGCACGAGGCCCAGCUGUCGACUAUGAUGAAUGGGCUCGCCGAACGGGCGAUGAAUCGUGGGAAUGGAACAACAUCUUGCCAGUAAUGAAGGAACUGGAAGACUUUCAACCACAGCGACCAGAGGGCUUCGAGCAGUAUGCAAGCCCAGACUCGGCGAACCACGGCGUGGGAGGACCGCUCAGGAUUGGAUUUGGCGAUGUCAUGACACCCGGAGUCGAGAUGUUUUUCCGAGCUUGCCACGAAGUAGGGAUCGAGACCUGCCCAGACAACAACUCGGGAAACCCAGUAGGCGUCGGCCUUGCGCAGUUCAACAACGCGGGCGGCGUCAGAUCAUACGCAGCCAACCGCUUUCUCGAUCAAGACACCCGACGGCAACUUUCAAAUCUUGAAAUCUUCACCCGUACUGCGGUCGACAAAAUCAUUUGUCAGGGCACGCCGCCAACAGCGAUUGGUGUCGAGAUAUCCAACCAGGUCAGCGGGGUCAAGUCCCGCGUUUUCUGUCGCCGGGAGGUGGUCCUAUGUCAAGGAACCUUCGGAUCUCCCCAGACCCUGAUGCUUUCCGGAAUUGGACCCCGACCGCACCUCGAAAGCUUCGACAUAGGGUGCAUAGUGAACAACCCAAACGUCGGCCGAAACAUGCUCGACCACAGCAUUCUGACCUUGGAAUAUUUGGUGGAUGAUGACAAUGCCGCUCAUAACCAGAUUUUUGAGAGCCCUGAACUACUUGCCGAAGCAGAUCUGCAGUACGCCAGGGACAAAACAGGGCCGCAUAACGUUUUCGGAACCAGUGGCACUGUAGCAUUUCCCAAACUCGAGGCGCUGUUUCGAAGUACAGAAUUCGAAGACCUGGACGAAGACACUAAAUCUUUCAUGCUGGAGCCCACGCGGCCCAAUGCCGAAAUCUGGCUAGGAUCGGGGCCGGUGGCCUUCCCAGGAGAUCCAGGAGCCGUUUACAUGCAUCACGAGCUUCUUCUCCAAAACAACCUUUCACGCGGUACAGUGUGCCUGAAGUCAGCAGACCCAAGGGAUCCCCCAGAAAUCAACCCUCAUUUCUUCGAGCAUCCGUACGACCAAAGAAUUGCGUUGGAAACUGUGAAGCUGGCCAUGAAGAUUUCCGAGGCUGAUGCGUACAAGUCGUACAUUCGCGAGGUCGUGCAUGCCCCGAGCGGCAACGAUGAUACCACCAUUCGGGCGUUCAUCCGCCAAAAUCUCGGUCAAGGUUAUCACAGUAUGGGAACCUGCAAGAUGGGGUCUGACAGUGAUCCAGAUGCCGUUGUAGACACGGAUUUCAGAGUGAUCGGGGUACAAGGACUUCGCGUUGCCGACCUAUCGGUGUGCCCAAUUCUGACUUGCAAUCAUACACAGAUCAAUGCUUAUCUCGUCGGUGAACGUUGCGCUCGGAAGGUACUGCAGUCUCUCCAGGCGAAAGGAGGUGGCUGUCAGAGCUCGCUGGGUUGCCUUUGA